AAUGCUUCAUCUUGGUUUUGCCGAAACUGGUCGAUAGAAGAUAUGCAUACAUCUUUUUAGAGCAGCUGGCUGCAUACAGUGAUACACAUUUUUCAAACUGCAAACUCAAUUUUUCGCAGGAAAAACUCCAAAUUGAACAGACUGAAUGAUCCAAAAUAAAAGGAAGACGAGGAGGAACUUCAUCAAAUAAGGGACUUUUGCGACCGGAGCGAUGUCGGGCGGAAUGGCGCUGGCUUCGCGGGUGCCGUUUGAUUGCGGAUCCGGCGGCAGGUGUAUGCAACAUGGAAUAGACGCUGUCAGCUCUCAGCUGGACCUGAUUGAAGAAGCCCUGGAACGUGGAAUACCAAGAUUACGCCUAGUUUUUUAUCAUCUAAUGUCGUGGACAACUGAAGUUGAACUAUCCCGACUGCAAUCUCCUUAGCUUCCAAAGAGUGUACAACUAGAAUAAACUCAAACUAUAUAUUACCAACUCUAACAACGCGAAGGCUAGACCUCAGGAGCCCAGACGACCACAUUGGAGUUUCCUUUCACCUCGCGACAGGAAUCUGUCUUGCUGCUACGGUUUUUUUCUUCUUCCAGGUGGCGCUGGUCCCUAGGCGUUGGGCCAACAGCAUGAUCAUCGCCGGUCUAGUCACUGGUACAACAACGAUAAAAAUGCUGGCAUGGCGUGUCGUCCUCUUGGGCCACUGAGUCGUUCUUUCGUUUUCUACACUUCGACCUUAUUAUAUAGAGGUUGGAAUUGUCAUAAGUAAUUAUUUUUGUACUAGGACUCUGCUGUGGUCUACUUCUAUUUAUUUUUGUGCUUUUUAUCGUGCUGGUUGCCGUAGUGGCUGGCGGAGAGUCAUCGUAACCGUUGGCGUCUAUGCAUCCACGUUUAUCGAGGGCACAGGACGUGACUAUCAUGUAGUGAACAUUACCAGGUAUUGCAUGGCACCACUACAUGCACAUGGAGGAUGUGUGGGCGGCGAGUGGAAAGGCUCCCACGGUGUGGAGAUAUAUGGAUUGGCUCAUUACCGUGCCGCUUCAGGUUGUCGAGUUCUACACCAUUCUCUGCGCCGCAAAUCCAAACAACGAUAUUGAAGUACUACAAGAAGUGUUUUUAUAAGAUGAACUGUUUUCCAAUUUAUUUGUAUGGUGUCAACACCUUGAAGAGAUGAAUAGGCACCGGUACGAUCAUGUUCAUGAUCAAGUUACUGCUUCUAGUCGAUUGUGGAAAUUUAAAUUUUUAUUGGUUCUUGUACAUUCGCCCGCUAAGAUUAGACAAGGAUUUUCUCGUUGCAGACCCUUUUCUUUGUAAAUGCCGCCAGUGGCAAGGGGGCCUGGCGCACUCCCGUACAACCUGGCCAACGCGUGACCGCAGGCCUUCGGCGCCGUCGAUAUCCGCAGAGGAGCAGUUGGCAAGGCUAUCCGGCCCGCCGCGCAUAAUGGCAGCAUCCGCAUCCGGCCCAAAGGUCGGAGCCAACCAACGGGUGCCCCAGACGGGUACGCUUUGGCCAAAAAAAUUUAUGUCGACAGAAAUGGGUUGCAAAAUGACCCGCCUUUUUUCGGGGGUUAAAGUGGGCCCUUUUUGUCCCUUUUUUUGACACUCCUCCCAAGCGCCUCUGCCCCGAGGCUCUUGCUCUUAAGGGAUGUGGCUCCUCUUGAGACGCCUACAGAGUCCAUAUUUCGCCAUCCCCGGGAAGGGAGUCGCGCUCCGCGGGUCCACGGCAAAACUAGCGGAGUAGCGACAUCGGUCCCGAGAGGUCUGGGCCUCCUCACGCUAGCCAGGAACAAAAAAACAGUUAGGUUGUGCAACGAGAAAAAUCCUGGUGCAAUCAGAAAAAGGAAACAACACCACCUGCUGUGCCUACAGAUAAAAAUUGCGUUACUGUUAAGACUGUUGAUGGCAUCUCUGUUCAUGUUGGGAUUCGGGUAUGCAGGUGAAGCAGAGUGGAUCGACAGAUGGGUGGCCUUCACACUAGGCGUCCUCUGCUGGAUUUAUAUUAUCUACGAGGUACUACAAGAACAACUACAAUCGCCGUAAAAAUUUUAACUCGCGAAUUUAGAUGCACUUUUUGAUAAAAACUGUCUUCAUGAUGAUAGACGACGUGAAUUAUUUCUGACCUUGAAAUAGUAAUAGUUGGACAACAUUGGAAACGUCAUCAUGGAAGGUCGAUUUCCAUUUCUUGUGCGAUGAGUCUACUUUUCAAUUCAGAGUUUUCAUCCUGUUCCUCUUAUAGCAAUAUUGGCCAAAGUAAGUCGAAAUACGCGUCUUGUUGUUUCUGGGACGACUGGUAAAAAUCACUAGAUUUCCUUUGGAGAGACAGCUGGGAUCGCUGGGCAGUUGGGUGUUGAAGACGCGAGGCGCUUCCUACGACAUAUUCAGAAUAGGAGUAAGGAACAAGAAGACGAGGAGAAUGCAAUUAUCAAACAGGCAUUGGAAGAGAAGCAAAAGCAAGCCAGCAGCAGCGGUGCCCUAAGCUUGAGUUUGGAUCUUCUUUGAUGUUCCCAGUGUGCACUUGCAACUUUAAUACUGCUAUCUUCUCUCGAAUUCUACUCUGAUCAAGAGCAAACUAAGCUCACCAUAACGGUUGAAGAACAGAAGAAAGCGGCAGCGAUCUUCACUGAUGUCCGUCGUCUUUUUUCCUAUUCCUUCGAGCUCUAUUGUAACAUGGUUCGACUUCUAGUACAUAUGAUGGUAGAAAAAGAAAAUAGAAAAUAUGAUAUAGAACAAUCAAUUUUUCAACACUACAGGAUUCUCAUCUAUCGUUGCCAGUGUGACGACAGCAGCAAAAGGCAACGUGAAUGCAGAUACUGUGGCUAUGCAGGACAUGAAGAAACCAGAAGCCCAACUCGCCUUUGAAUUAAUCCGCGCUAUUCUCAUAUUUGGUUGGGCGUUGUACCCAAUAGGCUACCUAUCCAAAGGCGACGGCGAUAAUCUCUACGGCGAUAAUCUCCAUGCACCUGUUCUACUUGAUCUUCCUGACUUCUCAUUAUUCAUCUUGAAUUAUAGGGAUGGAAUUCAUUACAAUGAAUUAGACGUACUAUGUAUGGUUUAUGGUCAUGGAUAAUCAUGUAAAUGUUGAAGUCAAGGCUUCGAUUCUAUAACGACAGAUACAGAUCGAUGAACUCAAUGAUAUCGAUUAUAAGUAGCAGCGCAGAGAGAUAUUUUUCCUGAAAAUCUCGCAUAGAAGUUGGUUCCAAAAGCUACACCCGCACUUUUCAUGCCCUCGGACAAUCGGAGGAGAAUGCGCUCAACGCAUGCUACAAUCUAGCCGAUUUGGUCAACAAAGUAGCGUUUGGUCUCGCUAUAUACUACGCCGCGAGCUCUAA